CAAAAUAUGAGUAGGAAUCGCGAGAGGGCUUGCUUUUCUUCACGAAGAUUCAGCAGUUAAGAUCAUUCACCGAGACAUAAAAGGGACAAAUGUACUCCUAGACAAGGAUCUGAACUCAAAGAUUUCGGAUUUCGGGUUGGCUAGGCUUCAUGAAGACGAGAAGAGCCACAUUACCACCAAAGUUGCUGGAACAAUAGGCUACAUGGCUCCUGAAUAUGUAAUGAGGGGUCACUUAACAGAAAAGGCAGACGUUUACAGCUUCGGUGUGGUGGCCAUGGAGAUUGUUAGUGGAAAGAGCAAUGCUAAUUACACACCAGAUAACGAAUGUUGCAUUGGUCUUCUCGAUUGGGCGUUUGUUUUACAGAAGAAAGAAGCUUUCUCAGAGAUUCUGGAUCCGAAGCUUGAAGGAUUGUAUGAUGUGAUGGAGGCAGAGAGAAUGAUAAAGGUAUCGCUUCUAUGUUCCAACAAGUCUCCGACCUUAAGACCAACCAUGUCGGAAGUUGUGAAGAUGCUUGAAGGUGAGACAGAGAUAGAACAGAUAAUCUCAGACCCUGGAGUGUAUGGAGAUGAACUGAGGUUUAAGCGAUCAUCAGAGAUUGGGACAUCGUCCCUACCUUCAGAUUACCUCGUGUCAAUUCCUUUGUCUUGUCACUUGUGAAUCUGUUUACGACCUGUACCCUCUUAGUCCACAGGCCAUUGUUUUAUUUUAUCUAGACCGUAGUGUAAACAGAGCUUCGAGUCUAUGAUGAAAAAUUCUGAAACUCGACCACAAUUGUGAAACAUGUCCACACACAAUUAAACGUGGUGAACUUUGUUAAGCAUUUUCUUGGAA